AUGGACAUAAAUAAACCCGAUUUCGUUGUAGGCUAUUCUUUUACUGCAGGCGAUAGCAAUGGGUAUGAUUAUAGUAACACCGUUACUAGUAAUGGAUACUUGGGAUCGAAGGAUGGCUAUCAAAACGGUGGAAGCUUUUACGGUGCUGGAGACACCAAUCAUAAAUUAUCCAACCAUGUCAGCAGUCACUCGUUAAUUAACGCCGGUAGUCAGGAUAAUAUAGGAGGAGGUAACGCAGGAAACAGUUACAACGGGUAUUCCGCUAACGAUCACGGAAAUGAAUAUGCAGGAUAUUCCAAUACCUAUGAGAAUUCCGCUAGUGAAUCUUACAAUACACCCACUCGCGCAACGUCUACGCCGCUCAGAGGAUAUAUUGGCGGUAAUAAUAACGGGGAGUCGGCCUUUAGCGCGUACACAAGCGAUUUGGUUCACAAAGACUCCGAUUUCGGUCAGUACGCGGCUAGCAGCACCAGCAGCAGUAAAAGAAUACCCGCUUAUUCCGGAUACAGGCCAACCCGGAUAUCAGAUAAUUAUCCCGAAGGCUCUACCGAUAGCGGCGUACAGGGAUAUCUCGGUUCCUCCGGCUCCUCAAGUUAUUCCGAAAGUGCUGAUCAGAUCUACGCGCCUUAUUCGUCAGGCGGUCUGACUAGCGAAUACUCGUUUGGAAAGCUGAAAAACGACCCGUUGAACUUGAAAGGAGGCAACAAGUACAGCGGCAUCUUUUCCAUUCCGUCCGAGACGCGUUACACGCGAGGAAGCGCCGGGCACGUGAGCUAUAAUCGCGACAUACCGUCGUUCAUGUCAACAGGUUCCGGACAGUCAUUUCUGGGUAGUAAUUUCCCCAAGACGCACAGUAUCUAUUCGUCGGGUAAACCCAGUAAAUACGGCUACAAAUACUUGUCUCGCUACGCUCCGAAUAGCGGUGUAACUUACCUGCCAAGGGAACGCGAUGGUUAUUAUAUGCCUGUCGGCAAGGGUAGUGGGAAAGUCAUCAUAAUUAAAGAUAGCAGUCCGAGUUAUACCGGUCGUGUUUACUCCGACGACCCGCUUUACGCUGCCAGCAGCAGCGUAAGCGGCUACAGAAGUAAGAGUGGUUUUGCGAAUGGUUUCUCCGCUUCGCCGAAUUUUGAAGGAUACAUUGGCAGUAGUACUUACGAUGACAAUCCCGCUGUAGUUAGACGAUACAGGACCAGUGGUCCUAUGUUUUUGCAAAAGUCUAUUUAUCCUUAA